AUGAACAGUCUGGUGGCCACGCCUCCUGUCCCUCCUCAUUUCUACGAGAACCUUCGGCUCUCUCCUUCCCGUAUAAUGUCUACACCUUCGUCGUCCUAUACCAGCCGAAAGCGGAAAGCCGACGACGACGGCAACGAGCAUGAUGGACGCAUGUCCGCCUCUCCGACCAACUCCCCUGCAUUCACUCCUCGCCAGCUUCCUUCUUUUCGAAACAUAAAACGUUCCCGACCGAACGUCUCUGGUCGACCUCUCUCCCUCCCUCGCCUCCUAGAGACACUAGACACGGAUGCCUUGCGCAUGGUGGUGCGAACCAUGUGCGAACGCCACCCCCAACUCGCUGACGAGGUUGCUCAAACCUCUCCUCGGCCGAGUGUAUCGUCCACGCUACAGGUACUCCGAAACUACCAAGCGGCCCUCCAGUCCUCGUUCCCGCUGGGCAGCAACACCGAGUCUGACUAUGCCUACAACCGCGUACGACAACCGCUCACAAACCUUCUCGAAGCCCUGAGCGAUUUCACACCGAACUUUCUCCCUCCCAACGAGUCGCAGCCAUCGGUAUCUCUGAGCUACCUCGACGGUGCCACCAAUAUCAUCCACGCCCUGCCUCGCUGGAGCACUCCACAAAACAAUAUCGAGCGGGACUCGGCGUACGAUGAGAUUUGCAAGGCCUGGAUCCUGGUGAUCCGAGAGGCGGCAAAGCGAGGUGGUGGUAUCCAGCUUCAAUAUGGAGGAUGGGAUCAGAAACUCGCGAAGCACAACCAGAACUCCGGGGGUAAGAUGCAGGCGGCAGUGAAUGAGCUGGCCACCAACCUGGGGUGGAUGAAUGGGCCGGACUCCCUAUCCCACGGUGCUGGUGGCGGCGAUAUGGGCUCUAUCCGAGACCAGCUCCUCUCGGGGACAUAUGGCUUGGGCACUCCUGUGAAGGUUGGACCCUGGUGA